GGCGGCGGCCCGCACUCGGCCCGUUCCGCCUCUCCUCCUCAGCCCGCCGGCCCGCCCGGCCCGGUAGCGCCGCGCCCUCCCCGGGGCCCCCCCACCGGGAGAGGAGCCGCGCCGAGGGCCGGGCCGGGCCGGGCGGCAUGCGGGCGGUGUGAGGGCCGGUGCGGCGGGGGAAACGGCGGAGGAAAGGAGGCUCGGCCAUGGGGGAACGGCGGAAAGAAGAGACCGGCGGAGCGGACACGGGUUUUCAUCCAGAGCCAGAAGAGUCGAGUUCCCUUUUGCAGACAGCGGUUUCGGUGCUGCACAGCUCCUACUUGGACUCUACAUCUCAGGAUGGUUUUCAGUACAGCCAAGCAAUUCUGGUGGAAAACGAUGUUUUUCUAAGUGAGCUCAAAGCUUUUGCCCAAGCAAAGGAAGCUGCCGGGUACAGCCAGGAGGAGCUGGAGGAGACCUUUGCAUUUCUCCUGUUUGAUAAUGAAGAAGAGGCAAAAGAGGUGUGUGAGAGAGGCCUCCGUGUAAACAGCAGUUCUAUUUCCACGCUCGGUGACCCAGCGAAAGGAGUUUAUAUUUCCAAGUAUGCAGACUGUCUUCAUCCCAGACCCUGGUAUCAUGGAAAAUCAGGCUAUAUUGUCAUUUGUAAGCUAAUUAAGGGGAAGGUCAAGGUGGUAUCUGAGAACUACACGACCAGCUACAUCUGCCCGUCUCCCGGCUAUGACUGCCACGUCGCCCUGGGCAGAAACCACACACCAUCAAAGACCAGCCACUGCCAGGCCUUCCAGCAGAGCCAGUAUUACGUGUACGAAGUGUCCGAUGGCAGCGCUGCCGAGCGGCCCCGGCAGAUCUGCCCGUACAUAGUCAUCACCUGCCAGUACAGGGAGCCAAAGGAAAUGCCUGUCUUAUCUCUGGAGAGCCUGCCUGAGCUUAAUCACAAAGCCUUGUACUGUCCUUGGAGGGGACAGCUCUCCAUCCGGGGUCAGCGUCUCUGCAACAUCGCCCUGAGGACCCCCUACAGCUCCACGAUUCCAGCCCAGCUGCCUCCCAACCUGGAUGUUAACCAUGUCAUGGGUUUGUCUGACUUGAAGAAAAAGCUACCAGAAGCUGCAUUUGGGAAAAGAAAUUACGUUGAGAAUGAAGUCUGCUUUCAGGGUGUCUACUUCAGUCUGUACGAAGUAGAAAUAUCAAAUAAGGAUCAAUAUAAAAUGGAUCAGUUAAUAGAAAAUCUAAAGGAAAAAGACUUGGCAAUCAUCAAAUAUUUACAAGACCAAGGAGUCCUUAUCCUCCUCACGUCUUCUGCCUUGGCACGAGAUGAUGGGUUUGACCCCAAGGAGCCUGUCAGCCUCCUGGCCCUGUUUCUGUUCACCUCGUCCCGGUCGGUGUCCCUCAGAGUUGAAAAGCACGAUCCAAAAGACAAAAAGGAAGACAGUGGCAACAGGGACAUCUCAUUAAAAAUAGCCUCAGUUUUGCCUGGACUUCGCUAUGCCUUACAGAAAGCCACCAGUUCUUCGUGGGGGGACACGGGCAGUACCAGCACACGUAUCAAACAGCACCUCCAAGAAUACUCAAAGCUUGAUCAAAAUCCACAACCUGCUUCUGGCCAAACCAGCAAAGUUCCCCUUUCUUCUCUCUUCUCCCCAACCGAGGAAGAAUGUACUAAACCCUUCAAAAAACCCUCGGAGCAGUCCUUCUCCCAGCUGCGGUGUUAUUUCUCCGAUCCCAGCAGCUAUACCCUGGAAAUGUCAUCUGCCUUAGGAUGUUUGACUGGUGCUCUUCAGUCUCUUCGUUGCGAGGCUGAUGGUAAAGAGGACAUCUCUUCAGCGGUGCCACCGGACCCUCUUCCUUCCAACACAGUGGCAGAAAGAAGACUCAGAAGGAAACAAUCAAAGCCAGCUGUGGGGCUGGACCAGGGUGGUGAUGGACCCACAAAGGACGUCAACUCGGCCAGCAAGCUACGGGUGCAGCAGAGCAGGAGGAAAUCCAGCCAAGCCAUGGUGACCAACGCCAGGAAGAAAUGGUCACCCCUCAAGAAGCAAAUGCAUCCCGUGGGGGACAGCGGCAGGAACAGGAAAGCAACGAAGAAGAAGAAAAUCAACAUCACUUUCUCUUUUCCUAAAAAGCCAGGGCUUGCGGCCAGUUCCAACGAGCCCAUGCUUAAAUUGGCCAAUUUGCAGUUUCCACACCGAAGGAAAAGAGGUGCAGAGGUCCUGUCUGCAGAAUUUGUGCACAAAACGCAGGCUGAACCCGUUCAGAAGGAAACCUCAGCUCCUGACGAUCCCGGGUUGCAAACGAAGAGAGCGAAGACGCUGAAGAACUCGGAUGUGAAAAAGGUUCCUGCUGCUGAGAGCGCCACGAAGCCAGUGAAAAGCAAGAUGCUCAAAAGCGUGGCUGACAGCCCGUCCAACCCGCAAGCCAAAAAGCAAGCAGAAAGUGAGCGGAAGGAGCCCUUCUCUGUCCUCCCGAGCGACGUUUCUUCCCAAAGCCACCAAACGAGUGACAUUUACCCAGGAGGAGUUGCCGAUCUCGGUUUCGAUCUGAAGGGGAACAACUACGAGUCCCAUGCCUUGAACUUGCUGGCUGACCUGGCUCUGGGUUCCUGUAUUCCCUCGUUUAUCCCCAGGGAUGGCAGGAUAACCCCUGUGUCCUGCAGCCCCUCCAGCAACUCUGCGAAGGAGCAACGGAGUCAUCGCAAGCACAAGUCCUCGCGUGUUGGUUCCGACCACGAAUACCACAGGGUGGACAAGGUCUCAAAGGGAACCACUUCUCCUAGCAAAGGGUCGCUGAACCAGAAGCUUCCUCCUGCUGAAAAAAUAGACUUAAAUGAUUUGGCUUCUAUUCCCAGGGAGAAAAACCUUGGGAUUUUCAGCAAGAAGAACAGUGCCAGCCCCAACCCUGCAAAACCCCCAGCGUUGCCUCCAAGAGAGGCUCAAGAAGCCCUUGAGGUGAACAAGCACUCCUUCAUCUCUGCUGAGCACUCGUACGCCUCGCAGAUGCCUGAGCACUCAAAGAAACACGUGUAUCCCAGAGGUUCCCCUUACCCUGGACCAGCACCUUCCAGAAACGGGACGAGGAACCCCCGAACAGGACCUUUGGUUGGGAAAGUCCUGCCUUUCCGCCACCAGCAGAACAGCACCCACCCGCAGCGGCCCUUCGAGGCCGUGGCCGUGAAGCGCAGGAGCAGCCUGGUGUCCCCCAGGCUCAAGGAGAACUUCGCCAAGUCCCACACGGUGAACAUCUGCGGCAAGUCGUUGAAGGUGACGUGCCAUUGGGAGGCAGAGUAUCUCUUCAAUCUGGACAGCAGGUACACCAACGAUGCCUUGGAGAAAACCGUCAUCCGCGCCCUGCACGGGCCCUGGGACCCUGAUCUGCCUGAUGAUGUAGAAGAGAUGAAGCUGAUCCUUCAUAUGUGGGUGGCUCUCUUCUACAGCAAACCCAGCAAACUCCUGAGUAGCAAAAGGAAGGUGGUGGAGCACAGCAACCCCGAGAAGUAUGUCUCAUUAAACAGCACUGGGGACUUUCUUGAGCUGAGCGAUGACGGUGAGGACUGUUUUGGGUUGGAGACUUGCCCUGCAGACUCUCGUUCAGAUCCUGACCAGACUCCCAGCAGCUCCCUGGAUCACAGCACACCAUGCCAGGGAUCUUUCCACCCAGAGGAGAGCCCUGCAGACUCUCAGACUGAUGCUGCUGGGACUCCCGGUGUUGUCGAUAGUAUGGUAUCAUCUUCUUCAGGGGAACUACCCUGUGAGGAGGAGGAACCUACCUCCACAAGCUGUCCCGAGAGCCUUUCCCUCGCUGAACGUGCUGAUGAGAGCCCAGCUGUGAAAGACAGGCAGAUGGCAGUCCUUCCUGAGGAACGUGUGCCUGAUGUCUCAACCAUCACUGUGGAGGACCCACCCAAGGAGGGAGUGUCGGAUGCUACGAUUGCCCCCAGCCCUUCUGAAGAGCUUCGAGAUGCCGAGAAGCCCCCACCUGUGUUGAACGGGGAAAACCUCUGCAGCCAAACCCUGAAUCCCAGUGCAGCUCCCUGGAGUGAUGCACCAAGUGAGCUGUGUGGACCUGGAGAGCAGCAGGAGAGUGGGUGGGCAGCAGGGUCAGGGGGUGUCCCUGGCCCUCCGGAGGACAGGGACAGCUUGGGAGAUGCUGGGCACUCUACGGAGGUUGAGGACAGCAGCUUGGCCACCAGCAACGGACCACAACGUCCCUGUGAUUUGAUACCCUUAGAAGCAUGUCCCAAAACUGCCAAGCCCACUGGUGCCAGCGAGGAAGGGAAGGAAUCACAAGACCCCUUUGGACAUCCAGAAAAAGAGGAGAAAGAGGUGGAAGAGGGAAAAAAAGAGAAAGAGGAUUCUGAGUAUGAAAACACAGCCCUGGGGCCUGUUGAUUUAGCGUUUUCUGAGAGCGGUGAUGCCGACGUGGAGCAUGAACACAGUGAGCAGAAGCCAGUGAAUUCAGCAUGUCCAAAGGACUUUGGAGUUCCUGGAGAGGGCCCUGCUGCCUCAGCGUCCCCCUGCCCGGGCAGGUCAACACCAGUAUUGUCAGAGGAGACUGGGACUGAGACUGGUCCUCAAGGGCUUCCUGGUGAGGUGGCACCAAGCCUGGACACGCUGCAGAAGCCCUGUGAGGCAUCUGCCACCCCAGAUGCAGAGACAAAUGGUGUUGGUUUGGCACAAGCAGCCAGUCCAGACCGCGUGGGGUCACCUUGUGACAGCAGGUUGAUGCCAUCAUCACCAUCUGAUCCGAGCCUGGUGUGUGGGACGCAGCCAGACAGCAUUACAGGCAACGUGGGACCUGCUGGAGAAACGCUUGAAGACAGCUUGGAGCAGAAGGACAAGGACUGUUCGCCCUCUGCAGAAAGGUUGGAGCCUGCUGGGAGCAAAGCUGCUGGCACAGCUGGCCUGGAGUCACCAUGUGGCCAGGGGCCAUCACUAACAUUGUCCCCUGACUCCAGCUCGGUCUGCGUGGCAUCUCUUGAUGGAACAACAGAUCUGGGGGCUGCUCCAGAAGACCAGGAGGCCAUGGCAAGCAUCCAGUCUCCAUUGCAGAGCGACCUGGGAGGGAGCAGCUGCCUUUCCCAAAGGGAUGGUGGUGACUUUUGUGCUGACCUCGCUUCGCUGAGUGAAUCAAACCAAGAAGGGGACAAGGUUUUGGUGGAAGAACAGAGUAGCAGCCCUUCUGCCAACCACACAGAUGUGUCCCGGGGAGCAGAUGACAGCCAGGGCUUCGCCUUCGACCGUACAGCCCUAGCAGGUGGCUCUGAAGCUGGGGAGAGCCAUGGUGCAGAAAAGUCCCCCAGGAGUGACAAAACGAACACAACGAUGGUAAUUAAUGCACCGGAGGAGCCAGAGCCCUCUCUUCAUCACCUCCUGCAAUCAGAGCCCUCCUCCUCCUCGGUGGGAGAGGGGACAUCUGCCAUGAAGGAGCACCCCAAGGAGCAGCAGAGCUUCCCAGACGGCCUGUCCCUACCUGCCCGCACAGAUUUGGCUCCUGCUUCUCCCCCCAAGCAGGACCCUCUUCCUCGUGGUGGAGAUGGAGACACCUCCCACCACUUGUUAGAACAAAGUGAGCGGUGGCCAGUCCCGUGCCAAAAUGAGAAGCCCAACCAGCAAGUAGGUCCUGCAGAGGUGGCUACCGAGAGCCUGGACGGCUCAUUAAAGCCCAGUUGUGCAGAGGAGGUGACAAAAGACACGGGUCCCUGCUGUGCAGAGGUGGCAGAGAGCUCCCCCCGGGAUGUGGUGGUACCAGGUAGCCCCAGUUGGACGCCUCCUUCUCCUCCACACAACCACAAGGCAGGUCUGCAUGGCAUUGAGCUGGACUCAGCCCUCCAUACGUACCCCGAGAUGUGCUCCCCCAGCGUGAGUCUGGCUCCAGGUGGUUCCCCAACAUCCUACUACGUGGAACAGACACCACUGGGUGCUUGCUCCAGGUGUGCCAGCCUUGGGGACAUGGGAGAGAGCCUUGAGGAGGAGGAACCCAUCCCAUGUGAGGAUUCAGAAGGAGGAAGCAGCCUCCCUCUUGCCAGUCCCGCGUCUUUUUUGGAGGGGGAGUCGCUCACACCGCUGUGCGAGUCCCUGUUGGCGUGCAGGCAUGAGGCUGAGGGAUCUGACACCUUUGCUGAUGUGCACCAUGGCAGAGUGGAGGUGGAAGAGGGAGAAAUCCCCACUCCCCCCUUCCCAAUGUCACCGUCAGGAUCACGCAGGGGGAUUUCAGGAGAGAGCCUGGAGCUUAGUGACACUGAGGAUCUUUCAGACACGCUCCCGAGGUCCAAGCAGCUCCUUGGCAGAGACAGACACAUGGACUCAACCUCUGAAGGUCUGUUUGAGUUCUCCUCCAGUGACUCAGACCAGGAAUAUUUUGGGGGAUCUGCAGAUGUUGCGGACGCAAGGACUAACUGUGACUCCUCCUCUCCAAGCUUGGUGGGGUGCAGGGAGGACUGGGGCUCGCUGGGCAUGGAGGGGGGCUCAUGGGGUGAUCAUGGCUGGUUGAUCACCCCGGGACAAGCCAGCAGUAGGUACGUUCCACCCUACGUCAACAUUAGGGACAGGCAGGGGAUCUCCAAGGACUACCAGAACUUUGUGGUCACCACAAAGCACCCGGAGAGGAUGGGAAAUGUUCAACCUUGGAAGAGGCGCAGCCACCGCGCGGGGCAGUCUCCUUUGGUAAGGUCACUGAUGGGGACUUGGAGGGGUUUUGAGGAGAUCACCCAGCGCACGUUGGACAUGGAGUGCCUCCGUUUCCAUUAUAAGCUAAAACAAAUCCUAAGGAAUAGGAACCCGCCCUUUUCUACCUCCAAAAGCAUCUUUCCAAAAGACUUUGCUCCCCGGGUGAUGUCCGAGACGUUGCCCGUGCGAGAAGCUCCCGUCCCACUCUCCCCACGGAGCAGGAGCCCUUUGAAGGUGACGCUCCUGCCCUCCCACACGUGGCCGAGGGGCUGGUGUGGGGAUCCCUGUGCCCCACGGUGGGACGACCUCUGGGACAACAGGAGCAGGUCCAGAUCCCGAACCAGCAGCCAGGACCACGUGGCCCCUUUCCACCUCAACAAGCUCAGAUAUGAUAAUAAGCUAAAGGACUCACGAGGGGACAUCGCCGUCAUCCUGGACGAGUACGCCGAGCUCAACAGGGUGAGGCUGAGCAGGGCGGACACGGGGGACAGAGGGAUGGCCCCAGCACCAAGGGAGACCAGGAACGAGUGGUCCCACGUGUCCCAUCCCGUCAGGAUGACCGCCUUCCAGGAGAUGGUCGCCGACCUGUGUAGCACCUUGCGUUUCCGCCUGCGGAGCGUGGCCGAGGAGGCCUGUGGCCGUGCCGGCAUGUUCUACCUGGUGGAGACGGGCGAGGACCCUUUCUUUGCAAGAGUGAAGGCCUUGCUGAAGAAAGACGGCCGCGUGGAGGUCGAACCUCUGAGCUUCUGCGAAGCCAAACACCCAGGUGUCAACAGGCUCCUUGUCAUCAUCAGGAACAAGGACAUUUCCUCACACAUCCACAAUGUCCCGUGUUUGCUGAAGCUCAAGUGCUGUCCAAACGUGGUGUUUGCUGGGGUGGAUGACCCUGAAGAUGUGACAGCUCACACGUACCAGGAGCUGUUUCAUACCGGUGGCUUCGUGGUGUCGGACAACGAGGUGUUGGAAACGGUAACGCUGGGCCAACUGAAAGAAGUAGUGAAGGUGCUGGAGAAGCUGAACAGAAGCGGGAGGUGGAAGUGGCUCCUUCACUACAAGGAGAGCAAGAAGCUCAGAGAAGACAUCAGGGUGGACGCCAACGCCCGCAAGAAGCACUUGAUCCUCCAGUCGUGCCAGGGAGCCGAGCUGGUGGAGGUCCUGCACUUCCACACCUGCGACACCACCUCCUCCCCCACCUCCCACUCCCUCAGCUGCUUGUUGGACCUGCAGGUUCAGCGCGUCAGCGCCCGCUUCGCCGUCUAUCUCACAGAGAAGCCCGGCCUCAGCAGGGAGGUCCUCGAAAGCAAAGGAAUCCUUGUGGCCGACGUCAACACCUUCCUUGGGACGGUGCAGAAAGUGGCUGCCCCAUUUAGGAGAAAUUACUGGUGAUGAAGCAAAACCAGUGUCAUGGCUGCUCCUGGGGCCCCGCGGCGCCGGUUUGGGGCAUCCCUGGUCCUUUUUGGGACGGCCCCCACAUCCUGGUGGGUUCCAGGAGCCAGGGGGGGCCAGGGGGGGUAAAGUUGGCUCAGAUUCUGUAGAUAAAAUUAUUUAAAGGUUGGGGAUGUAAAUCCUCCCCCAGGGAUUUACUCCCUGCCCAUCCCUCCACCCGAGUUGCGUGGAGGAGAGAGGUUAUUUUAACAUAUUGACACGGUUUUAAAUUAUUAUUAUUGGGAGUGUUUUCAAAGUCAUUUAGUGCAGCUGAUGGGGGAAAAGAAAUAGGAAAAUAAUAGAUAUUUAAAAACAAAAAACCACCGUUUACUUGAAGGUUAAGACCCAUAAGGAGUCCAGGAUAAUAAAUGCAUUUUCCACGUGGCUGGUGCUGUACACGCUCUCCACGACGUGUGUGUUUGCCCCUGGGGGGGUGGGGGGGUGCUUUAAAGGGGUGUUGGCAAUCGUGGCCCCCCCCUGUUUUUAAUGGUUCAAGCCACCCCCUGUUGCCUCUUGGUACCGUUUGACUGCAGGGAGCGGAGCGCGUCGAAAAGCUUGUAAAUAGCCAGAAAAAAAAAAAAAAAAAAA